CAGCCAGCUGUACGAAAGUGAACGAAGCAUUUCAAACGGUCGAUUCGAAUUCAGCGAUUGGAGCAAGUAAAUAGCAGCGGGGUUGUCGAAUUUUUUCCUUGUGUGGCCAGCAUAUUUAUUGUUUAUUGUACUUUUGUGAAAAUAUAUAUUUGAUUGCGAUGAAUAUAUCUGCAGGCACCAACAGCGCAUCGAGCAAUCAACCGCGUAAAAUAUCUAAUCAAAAUAUUCAGGUGUAUGUGCGUGUUCGGCCAUUAAAUGCACGGGAACGUUGUAUUCGAUCGGCGGAAGUGAUAGAUACCAUUUCGCCACGUGAAAUAGUAACUCGGCAUACCAUUGAAUCGAAGUUGACAAAGAAGUUUACCUUCGAUCGUGUAUUUGGUACAGACUCGCGGCAGGCGGAUGUCUACAGCACGGUGGUGGCACCUCUCAUUGAGGAAGUGUUGUCCGGCUACAACUGCACCGUAUUUGCUUAUGGUCAAACGGGAACGGGCAAAACUCAUACCAUGGUGGGCACUGAAUGCGCAGAAUUGAAGUCAUCUUGGGAGGACGUAA